CACUCGGUGCAUUCCAGAGGCGUUCCUUUGAGUCCUGUGCAGGUCUGCCUGCUGUUCCUGGGAGAAAGGAAGAAAAAGGGAGGAAAAGUCCCUCUUGCUUGGAGACGGAAUGUCUGCUCUUUCAAUUCUCUUUUUAGCCUCCUGUUCUGUUUGGCUGUCCAAAGCCCAGACUGAAUUUAAGAGAGUGGCUGAAGAAAACGUGACUUUGCCCUGUCACCAUCGCCUGGGCCUCCUGGAGCAAGGGAGCCUGGACAUCGAGUGGCUGCUGCACGUCUCGGAGACGGUGCAAAAAGCGGUGAUCACUUACUCUGGAGGCCGUGUCUACGAUGACCUGAAUGAGGAACAGAAAGGGCGUGUUUCCUUCACAUCCAACUUCCUUGCUGGGGAUGCAUCCUUACAAAUCAUCUCCCUGCAGUCCAGUGAUGCAGGGAAGUACAUUUGCAAGGUUAAAAAUGCUGGGCAGUACGAGUGGGCUCGCAUCACCCUGAAGGUUGUAGAAAAGCCCUCCAAGCCCAAGUGCUGGCUGGAAGGGGAGCUGCUGGAGGGCAGGGAGCUGUCCCUGCAGUGCCGCUCCGCCUCGGGCACCGCGCCCAUCUCCUACCGCUGGCAGCGCAUCAGCCGGGAGGACCAGAGAGCCGAGCACCUCCCGCCGACCUCCCGAGUCAACAUUUCCAAUCCUGGCCAAGUCCUGCUGAAGAACCUGACACAGAUGAGCACGGGGUUGUACCAGUGUGUUGCCACCAACGAGGCAGGACAAGAAAGCUGUGUUGUUCAGGUGACAGUGCAACAUGCCCAAAAUAUUGGCAUGAUUGCUGGAGCAGUCUGUGGUGUGGUGCUGGGACUCUCCCUGCUUUUCCUGGUGGUGAGGCUGACGAUAAGGAGGAAAGAAAAGAAGAGAUAUGAGGAAGAGGAGACACCAAAUGAAAUCAGAGAAGAUGCUGAGGCACCCAAGGCCCAUCUCGUCAAGCCCAGUUCCUCCUCCUCUGGCUCCAGGAGCUCGCGCUCGGGUUCCUCCUCAACCAGGUCAACAGCCAACAGUGCCUCCCGCAGCCAACGGACUUUGUCAACAGAAGCUACUCCCCAUCUCACUCCUCCCCAGUACAGCCAGAGGCAGACAGAAGGAAAAGAAACGGAGCCAAAGAAAGUUGACUGCUCCAACCUGAUGAAGAUGGGAGCCACUCUGGUGAUGGUGCCUGCCCAAAGCCGAGCCUUCCAGACAGUCUGACUGCUCUCCAGGCUUCUGGAGACUCCUGCCCAGAAACACUUCACACACCACCAACCACAUAGGAAUUGUUAGAUGACUUCUCUUCCUGGUCAGCUUAAUUUUCAUCACUUGUGAUUAUUCACACUACAAGAAGCCCUCCCACUCACCUCUUUCUCGCAUCUUCCAGCACUGAGGUUCUGAUACAGAAUGAUUUUCUUUUUCCCUAAGGAAAAAUCCAUCUGAGGGAAAAGGGAGCCUUCUUUUUAAAUGGUCUUCUUUGAACACUGAGCAUUUUAAAAUUACAACAGCUCAGUGCUGUGCAAAUGAAAUGAAGCCAAACCUCAGGAUAUUUUUUUUAAAGGGAUCAACAGAGAAAUAAAGACACAUAAGAUUCCAGAAAGGUUUUGUGGGAAGGGAAAAGUCUCUUGCACUGGUGUGGGAGAACUUUCUCAAAGAUGCAAUUGUCUUAUGUGAAGAUUUUGAGGCAGACUCUCUGCUGAGGGUACUUGGGUGUUCAGCCUCCAAGGGAACUGACAGAUGCUUCAUGUUUUCUGCCUUCAGUCUUCCAGACUUUUGAAGGCUGUGACUGAAGUGGAAAUGAAAGGAUCACUCAAAAAAGGUCAAGAGAUGCAGUAUGAAGGCGGGUGUCUGACCUAACCUCUGUACUGAAGAGAAAGGACCUUUCAUGCCAAGGAAUCAGAGGUGCUUUAAUUGCCAGAAUAAACUUCAUGAUGCACCCAGAGAAAUAUGACCAGGAGCCUGACUCUGCAAAGCUGCAGGAGCUCCUCUGGAGUGGUACCUGUGGCAAACAAGCCUUAGCGUGAUGAGAACUGGGCACUGAAUCCAGAAUGAAGGCAGUUCCUCAAAAGGUGAGGGCCACUAUUCUACCAAAAAGCCUGGACAAAGCCUUUGGAAGAUAUCACAACCAUCUCAGGUUGUGAAUUGAGCAGUUUUGGGGCGGGCUGUGCUUUAGAAACCUUCUGGAGAGCUCUUCUCAAGACUGAAUGAACAGCAUCCUUGAGCUGACCUUCAGGCAUCCAGGUAAGACCAAAGGACAGAGUGAGAGAGAAUGGAAAAACACACCAGGGACAGGUAACCAAGCACAGUGCUGCUUCCAUUAGGAAAGACUGGUGUGCAUUGUCCCAUCUCUACACCAAACGUCGGGCCACGUGCUGUUGUUGAGGCUUAAACCCUAGCACAACUCUUAAAAAAUAGCAAGAAUCAUCCAAAUAUUUGCUGUGAUGACAUUAGCCAGCACAAACAUUUCCAAAGAAUAUCAAGUCUUCAAGUUGAAGGCCAAUAGGAAAGGAUGAGAGAUGGGGUCAGGCUUCUUCUGGAGGCAGACCUGUCAUUUAUAAUGUCCUGCCACUGACCACUGCUACACACAGACACUGAGCUUGUGGCUUCUAGAUUCCAGAAUUCCUGGACUGAUAAUUUUCUAUUUAAAAAAAGAGGGUGGGUUUGUUUUGUUUUGUUUUUCAUUUGAGGGAGGGAAGGUUUUCUCCACUUUGUGGAAUGAGUCUACAGAAGAUGGACCAGCACAGAAGAAUCACAAAUCUAUAAUUGUUUCACUCCAGGGACUGUCAUUAAUCCACUUUUCUGACUGAGACCCAGAAUUCCAGCUUCUUUGCUUGAGAUCUUAGGCAAUCUGACCAAGCCAAGCCCUACCUGGGCUACAUCCUCGUGGGAAAUAGUUUUCCAACUUGCCAUAUAGUAUCUGAGAACUUCUCUUCCUAGGAGCUGUCACCCAUUUUUGUCACAUGUCCCAAUAUUUCCCUUGCUUUUUGUACCCCAGAGCCAGCAGAGCCACUUUUGGCAGGACAAAGGUCUGAUGUGUUGUGCAGGGAAUGCAGUCCUGAGGCACAGAUUUAAACAAAGGGGACAUCUGGAAUUAGGUGCUUGAUGAGCUGCUGCUUUGGUGACAGCUCCUGGUGCUGGAUACUGUGUCAUUCUGCCUAGAGGGUUUCCCUGCAUACUCCAGAGGAAUGUUCCUGCAUCAGCUGUGUUUUGGUGGAGGUUUUAGUGGCUGUCACUGCUCUAAGUGUCUGUGAUUCUUCUGCAGUGGCUUUUUUUCCUGGGCCCUGAAGGCUCAGGUUCUCCCAAGGCUCUCCAGAGCUGGGGAAAGUCCUGAGGAGCAUGAGCAGCUGGUGACUGCUUCCACGGUUGCUUAAUGUCACCUGUGUUGCAUCCGAGGACACUUACUGUGUGCACACACAACCAGGAAUGAUUGUCUCAGGCAAGAACACAUGCCUGAGCAACCAGAAGCUGAUUACCACAAAACAAAGGUAACAAUUCCAAGAGCUGAGCUGGCCAGGAUCUAAAUACUGCAGGUUAGCUUUGAGUCACAGGCCAGACUGGCAAUUAGCAGGGAGGAGGAUGCUCUGUCUACAGCCUGGAGGCCACUUGCUGCUGGCUAGGAGAAUUUGCCCAGCCUGCUCCUGGCAGCCUCUUCCCUGGAGGCCUUUGGGAACAGGCUGCAGGACAGAUCAUCCCUAGCAGCCCACUCCUGGUCUCCAAAUCUGAUGGAGAUGAGAAGCCACCCCUUGUUGUAGGAGCUGUCUGGUGGCAGGGGAUAAAAGGUUUGUGGACCUUGGGGAGAAGAAGUUAGAAGCAGUUGCUGAAGCCUGGGGGGGUGUGGUAAUUCCUGCCUAUUCCCAUGCCUGCUGCCCAGGCUCGUGCAGCCUGCCCUGCAUACAAACUGUGCCAGAAAAAGCACCGUGGUCCCCUCCUGCCGUGGCACCAAGGUGUGUGGCCCUGGUUAGAAAGCGUGGACACCCCCUGGUGAUGCAGAAUCACCAGGUCUGAAACGCUGUGGUGCUCCUCAGGCCACACCUCAGUGAUCCCCCAGGUGAACACACACUCGCUUCUGCACUCCCAGUCACGAGCAUGAAGCCCCAAGGGAGGAGAAGUUCAUCACUCCAAGGAAAACAGGAGAACAGAUCAUUUCAAAGACGUUUCCAAACACUUUCUGAGCUCUGGGUUAGACUAUCAGGAGUUGCACAAGGGAAGCAAAUGAACCAUAAGCCAAACUCUAUUUUGUAAAAUAGUGUACUUAAAGCAUUUACUGUCAUAUACCAGUUAUUACUAGUGUGAUUAAAUGCAUACAACGUUAUGUAGCUUUCCUUUGUUUCUCAGCAGCUAAACUAAGCUUACAUCUCUUCUACCUGCUAUGAUUGGUGUACUUGUACUGUGUCUGAACAACUCAGAGGAAAGCAAAUAUUUAUUAUUGAUUCCUUUGAAUCAAUGAUUUCAUAAUUAUUAUUAUUUUUUUGUUGUUGUCGUUGUUGGUUGUUUUAUAAAUAAAUGUGCUGCAGCUGAAGUGCUGCAGCUCAACUGAA